UUUCAUGAUUUAUGUGUACAAAUACUCAGGUUAUUUUGCCAUAUAUUUGUCCGGUCUUGAAGAGCACAUGAAAAGCGACCGAGGGUAGUACCGUCUGGUUUUAUUGUACCUGUUUAGUCCGCCUGUCGCCCUAUCGCACUCGCUUGGGCUUCAGGCGACGAUGCAUUAUCACCACCGACACCAGUCUCACCAUGACAUUCAUAUGGUGGUUCGAUCCCCCCCACGUCGCCCGGAUAUAGUACCUCGUCACCGACUACCAUAUCUUGUGCCAGAAACACCAACGUUCGUGAAAAGGGAUUCCGACCCUAGUCAGACCUGUUCAGCUGGAGACACCUCAAGUAAAUGCGAGAAACCUACUAGCACGACUACGACGACGACUCUACCUGUCGUGCUGGGAGCAGUGGUGCCGAUACUAUGUGCCGUAAUCGUCCUAGUUUAUCUGCAUCGACGAAAUGUGAGGAAGCUCCGGAACGAAGAUGCCAAUGACAAGCAUAGAUCGCUUGAUUUUGGGUUGGAUCUGGAGCCAACGGGUGGAGGCAAAGCGAUGCGGCAGACUGAGAAGUCCAAUGGAAAUUAUAAUCACAACAAGGGAAUCUCAUUGGAUAUUGGCCCGAGUCCUUACCUACUACCCCCAGGCCUACAUGGUUCCCGGGAUUCGCUGCAUUCGUUGUCCAGAUCUAUAGGUGGCGAUGAUAAAUACCGGCACGCCACUUCAUUCUUAGGUGACAACGCAUCUGUCAGAUCACAGUCAAGAGGGGCUCAAGAUGAUGCAUCAAGCUUUACAGGAUCAACCAAAAAGGCCGCUCUCGGCGAUGAUAUGAAGCAAGGCUUAUUAGGAAACGCUCAAAGAAUGUCACGAUCCAGUCCACCAUUAUAUAUAACACCUGGCGAAGAAGGCGCACACAUGCACGUUGAUCCUAUUGCACAACCGGAUCAUGGCUUUCAAUUCGAGUUGCCCAGAAGCCCUAGCCCAGUCCUCAUCCCGGGAGCUCCUAUUACCAAAGAGUCGAUUAUGCCGGCGAACAACGUCCGCAAAGACGCCGGUGAUCUUGGAAAUAGCGACAUCCAUGACCACCCGGAAGAACGUCUAAACCUUGCCUUACAUGAUCCUAGAACGACUCCCAGAAUAUCGCUUCCUCUGAGCGAUGCAGCAAGCCACUACGAUGAUAAUGGAAACUCCGAGCCUGCCAUUCCGGCUGUGAACAUUCAUCAGAUAGAAGAUGACCCGAGACAUGGCAAGGGCCCUAACCACCCAGCUAUCACUGACACUUCCCCGGAUGAGUCUUCACAAACGCCGCGGUUAAUUGUUGAUCCUCGUCGCGACACGCGUCGGUUGACAUUAGGGUUGCGUCCUCUGCCGCCAGAGGAUCCGUCAGACAACCCGGAGCAACGGGCCAAUCGUAUCCGAUCGUUCUAUAAAGAAUAUUUCGACGAGAAUAAGAAUGGAAGGGAGACUUACUACGGUCCCGAGUCUUAUCACGAUGGUGACUAUAUUUACGAUUCGGCUACUGGGGAUUACUACGACAGUGUUCCAGCACCGUUUGCUGAACCAAUAAACCGUCGAGCUAUGACUCCCCCUCCACGCGGUCCCCCGCGGUUUCAAGGGGGAGGUAGACAUAUGCCUUCGGGUUCUAUCGGCGGCUUUAGCGAUCGACUCAACUCCCCAGGCCCACGUGCCUUCUCGUCAGCUUCUGGCAGACUGCCAGGUGCCCCGAAAAUCCGCAAGCCUGCACCUCCACCAGCUCCACUGCAGCUCCUACCUACACCCCAUAUGUUGAAGGAUGACUCUAUAAUGGGAGCUAUCGACUACGCCCCCGGGAAAAGUUAUAGAGACCAGAGGGAAGGGCGUCCAGAGACACCUCUUGGAGGGGUGCAACCGUUCAGUCCAACGAUGCGAGCCCACACUCCACUUGCCUCAUCUUUCAGUGAACUUGCUGUCAUACCGAGCCCGCAUGCAUUGCGGAAGUCAGGUACAUAUGACAAUUUGGACUUUGUUCCACCACCUCGCUUCAAAAACCUCGAGACUGCAAGCGACUCUGGUAGCAUUCGCAGUAAUCGGACUGGAAUCUCUACGACUCAUCUACAGAAUAUACGCACUGGUGCGUACCGUGUCAGCCGCCUUCCCCCUGAAACUGUGGGUACCAAGGAUGACCUGGUUACUAACCUUCGUCCAACGUGGGAUAUGCAUAAGUAAACAUAUAUUGGUUCAGUGUGAUCUCGUUAUCAAUUUUUGCUGUAAUGAUUUCGUUUAUUGCCCACCAGUUUCAGGUGAUUACAUACUAUGUAACGAUAUAUUGCUUGUUUAUUCCCUCAUACAUUGUACUCUUUUUGAGAAAGCUGGGUCAAUUAGCAAGUCAUUUGACGUCAAUGGCGUACAUAGCAUGCAAGGGGUUGGUUAUCUAUCCAUUUAUUCUUUUCUCUUCCUUCAACGGGUUUUCUGAAAGUUGAAACUACGACAGCUACGUUCUAUAGUUCAUAAACUGCGAAUAUUGUUGAUCAACUGGCAACAACUAUAUGAAAGUGUUUGACAUCUUUAAUCACUUCUGGU